AUGGGAAAAAAUGUUAAUAUUCGUUUGAUUGAUUUUCCACUGAUUCAUCCACGAGCGUCAAAUCUUAUCAAAGCUCAAUACAGAAAUUUUCGCGAUCAAUUGACUAAAAUGAUACUGACCAGUGAUACACAUCGGCGAGAACGAGAUAAACGCGUCAGUACGAUGAAGAAAACCAGCAAAGAUUCAUAUGAUCAAUAUAUUAGUGAUCAAGCUAAUCGUCUGAAUGCCAACCAACAACGUAUCAAAGAAAUUCGCAUUGCACCAGUCUACUAUUUGCUGGCGAAAUCCUCAUGUGAUUGUGGACAAGCCGAUACUGGCGGGUGGCAAGAAAGUCAAGAAACUUUCCUACAAGGUACAAUUCGAGAUCCAAUCCAACCCGAUCGAAUUCGGUUGGCUUAUGCUCAUAAGUAA